GGCAGCCAUGGACACAGUUGUUUACCAUGACCUGGCUAAGGAUCAGUACUUGCCUAUGAAGCUGACGUUAUGAUCAAUGAGGUUAUAAAGCAGCUAAAUGGAGUCUGAGCAGCUGUUUCAUAGAGGCUACUAUCGAAACAGUUACAACAGUAUAACUAGUGCAAGCAGCGAUGAGGAGCUUUUAGAUGGAGCAGGUGUAAUUAUGGACUUUCAGACCUCUGAAGAUGACAAUCUCUUGGAUGGUGAUGCAUCAAUUGGAACUCAUUAUACAAUGACAAAUGGAGGAAGUAUCAACAGUUCAACGCAUCUGUUGGAUCUUCUGGAUGAACCAAUUCCUGGAGUAGGAACAUAUGAUGACUUCCAUACCAUUGACUGGGUUCGAGAGAAGUGCAAAGACAGAGAAAGGCAUAGACGGAUUAACAGCAAGAAGAAAGAAUCAGCAUGGGAGAUGACAAAAAGUUUGUACGAUGCAUGGUCAGGAUGGCUAGUAGUUACACUAACUGGUUUGGCAUCAGGAGCAUUGGCAGGGUUAAUUGACAUUGCUGCUGACUGGAUGACGGACUUAAAGGAAGGCAUUUGCCUUAGUGCUUUGUGGUUUAACCAUGAACAGUGUUGUUGGGGUUCAAAUGAGACCACAUUUGAAGAGAGAGAUAAAUGUCCGCAGUGGAAAACAUGGGCAGAAUUAAUAAUUGGGCAAGCAGAAGGUCCAGGUUCAUAUAUAAUGAACUACAUAAUGUACAUUUUCUGGGCUUUGAGCUUUGCCUUCUUAGCAGUUUCCCUGGUGAAGGUAUUUGCUCCCUAUGCCUGUGGCUCAGGGAUACCUGAGAUAAAAACUAUUUUGAGUGGCUUCAUCAUCAGAGGUUACUUGGGGAAGUGGACUUUGAUGAUAAAAACAAUUACGUUAGUCUUGGCUGUCGCAUCAGGUUUGAGUUUAGGAAAAGAGGGUCCCUUGGUACAUGUUGCCUGCUGCUGUGGGAAUAUUUUUUCCUACCUCUUUCCAAAGUACAGCACAAAUGAAGCUAAAAAAAGAGAGGUCUUGUCAGCUGCCUCAGCAGCAGGAGUAUCUGUAGCUUUUGGUGCCCCAAUUGGUGGAGUCCUCUUCAGUCUGGAGGAGGUCAGUUACUAUUUCCCACUGAAAACUUUAUGGAGAUCAUUUUUUGCUGCUUUAGUAGCUGCAUUUGUUUUAAGGUCCAUCAAUCCUUUUGGUAAUAGCCGCCUAGUUCUUUUUUAUGUGGAAUAUCACACUCCUUGGUACCUUUUUGAACUGCUUCCUUUUAUUCUUCUGGGAGUAUUUGGUGGGCUCUGGGGAGCGUUUUUCAUCCGAGCAAACAUCGCAUGGUGUCGUCGACGCAAAUCUACAAAAUUUGGGAAGUACCCUGUCCUGGAGGUUAUUAUUGUUGCAGCAAUAACAGCUGUCAUUGCAUUUCCUAAUCCAUAUACAAGGCUGAACACCAGUGAGCUUAUUAAAGAGCUCUUCACAGACUGCGGGCCCUUGGAAUCCUCCUCCCUCUGUGACUACAGAAAUGAUAUGAAUGCGAGCAAAAUAGUAGAUGAUAUUCCUGACCGUCCAGCAGGCACUGGAGUCUAUUCAGCUAUAUGGCAGUUGUGUUUAGCACUCAUAUUUAAAAUAAUCAUGACAGUCUUCACCUUUGGUAUCAAGGUUCCAUCUGGGUUGUUCAUACCUAGCAUGGCAAUUGGAGCAAUAGCAGGAAGGAUUGUAGGAAUUGCAGUGGAGCAGCUGGCUUAUUACCAUCAUGACUGGUUCAUUUUCAAGGAGUGGUGUGAAGUUGGAGCUGACUGUAUUACACCUGGUCUUUAUGCUAUGGUUGGUGCUGCUGCGUGCUUAGGUGGUGUGACAAGGAUGACCGUGUCCCUAGUAGUUAUUGUCUUUGAGCUAACAGGAGGGCUGGAAUAUAUUGUGCCCCUAAUGGCUGCAGUCAUGACCAGUAAGUGGGUAGGAGAUGCCUUUGGUAGGGAAGGCAUCUAUGAGGCACACAUCCGACUGAAUGGAUAUCCUUUCUUGGACGCAAAGGAAGAAUUUACUCACACAACGCUGGCUGCUGAUGUUAUGAGACCUCGAAGAAGCGAUCCACCCUUAGCAGUUCUGACGCAGGAUAAUAUGACAGUCGAAGACAUAGAAAACUUAAUCAAUGAAACCAGCUAUAAUGGUUUCCCUGUUAUUAUGUCAAAAGAAUCGCAGAGACUAGUGGGCUUUGCUCUAAGAAGAGAUUUAACUAUUGCAAUAGAAAGCGCUAGAAAGAAGCAGGAAGGGAUUGUUGGCAGCUCCAGGGUCUGUUUUGCACAGCAUACUCCAUCGCUUCCAGCAGAAAGCCCUCGACCUUUGAAGCUUAGAAGCAUACUUGAUAUGAGCCCUUUCACCGUGACAGACCACACACCAAUGGAAAUAGUGGUGGAUAUUUUCCGGAAGCUGGGUCUGAGGCAGUGCCUUGUAACACACAAUGGCUAUCGAACACCUGCAAAUAUCUGGGUUCAAAAAAGUAAGGGAGAAAACGAUCCCAUCAAUAUCUCGUCUUCUAGAGGUUAGUGAUGGUGAUUACCACUGAGCUCUUGUUUUUGGAAUACUAACAACCUAAUAACUGCUACUAGUUCUGGAACUUCAGUCUGCAGCCUUUGUUCCUACUCUUCAAAAUAUUUCAAGAAAGUUAUUUUAGGAUUUAGAAUGUUUGUAAAUGAGACUGUAGGAAGUUAUCAUGUUACUACCCACUAAAUGUAUCAUCCCUAGGCGUGGAAACAUAAAUGUUCAUUAGAUAAGAGGCAAUUGCCUCUUAUCUAAACUGCUCCUUUUUUCACAUGAUCUUUUUCUGUGUAGCUGUUCCUUUAACAUUCUGCUUUCCUGUGUCUCUUGCAUUAAACACUUGACACACAACAUCGCAGCCCCUACCAUAGUGUCCUGCUUUCUCUUUAGCCUGUCUUUUAAGGCACCUGGGAAUGAAACAUUGUCUGCUAAUCCAACGUUAUUUAGGAUCAGUGUCCAUGGGACAAAACCCAAGAAACCUGAAAUAUGGAUGGGACUUACUUUGUUUUGUUGUGGGCUGAAGGACUGCCGCUAUAAGUGGCACAUAUUUAAAUAUCACAUUGGUUUCCAAGUUUAUUUUUUCAGGAUGCUGUUUAAACCAAAUUUAUUUUAAAUGUUCUCCUGCUUUUUUUUUUUCCUUCAAUGCGUCCCCAUAUUAAAUGGCGAGUAGAUGUUUUCAGAAGCAUAAAUGACUUAAAAAAACUUUCUCUGAUGGGGAAAGGACAUCGAUCUGACACUUAGAAGUCAGUGCAGGCAUUCAAUUAUUCUUGUUUUGGGGAGAGAAAUUUUACUUGAUAAAACUUAAUAAUAAAUAUUCCUUAUGAUUUUCAUUUUUAGUUUCUGUAGUGGUUGAGUGCUCAAACAUUGACAUUGAUGUUAAAAUCAACUCCUAAUUUGUACCAGAAUAUCCAUUUCAGGGAGUUGCUCUUGAUUUAUAUAGUAUAAAUCAUGUCAUGAAUGAGAAAUUUGUCUGAAUUUGUCUGUUUCUAGGGACACCAGAUAGCCCUGCUUUACAGCGCAGCUUCAAACCUUAAUUGCUGUGACUUUCCACAGUGAUUACUUUGUUCAUCUACUGUGGCUUGUUAAAAUAAUAAGGAUCUGAACGUGUGAGGAGGAAUAACUAUGGAACAAAGGACCUAAAGUAGAUUCUAGUUUCAGUGCCUCUAAAACCCAGAGAGACGUGAAUUUGGGGAGAAGGGAUGAAGUGUAUGCUUCCCUGGUGUGUACUUGAUCUGAGAAACAUACUGCUCUGGGGUGGUCAAAGGUCCAAUUGUGUUCAGCAUUUUGGGAGAAAAAGAAAAAAGGCAAUGUCUGGGAAAGGGU